GAUAAACCUAUCGAUCAGACACUGGUUGCUAUGAAAAUAGCACAUUUUACGGGUAUUUGUAUGUGCGGUGCAAUCCAUUCGACAAUGUUCAUUGCGGCCGGACGUUACAAUGCGUUGGUGCAUCCGCUGAAAUAUUCGACGAUGUUCACGCGAAAACGNUUCAUUGUAAUUGCAUGGGCUACAGCGUUUGGACACCACAUGAUGUCAUUCCUUCGUAUGUUUCGUUCAUGUCCCUUGUCCACCCAGAAUCCUUGA